AUGAGUUUCCACAGCACAAAUUCCCCCAUCGGCGCUGGCACGCCUGACGUUCCCUCUACGCCUAAUGUCCCUUCACCAUCUGAUUUACCAUCGACUCCCGUUGUACCAUCUUCACCUUCCGUCACUGGUUCUUCUAUCACCCAGGAAGAAGCAAUUGCUCUUCUCACACCCGAAGGUCUGAGUCGACGAGAAUACAACCUCUUCAAGCGAAAGAGGAAAGCCGCAAUCAAAGAAGCUAUGCAGGAUGCUCAGGCUGCAAAAACUAUGGGCAUUACCACUGAAGAUGAAGCAGCUGACCCCAACCUUCCAGCAGGAUACAUGCGAGGCGAAUUUGGUCGUCAAGCUCGCAAAUUGACCAAGAGUCAUGAUAAACACGCUCCCACCAACAAGACUGCCCCCAAGAAGACCGACCCUCCAGACAACAAGGACAACAAGGACAACAAGGACAACAAGGACAACAAGGACAACAAGGACAACAAGGACAACAAGGACAACAAGGACAACAAGGUCACCGACACUUCCGGCAACAACAAAGCCACUUCUGCCAUCACCAUCAACAAGGCUGCUGCUCCCAUGCACUACUUCCCCAUGCCCAUCCCCAAGCCUGAGCCCGUCGACCAGCCUCCCAGUUCUGACAGCGUCGAUGUUGGCCUCGGUCCCAAGCCUGAGCCCAUCGCUAGUCCCCCCUCUCCCUCUCUUCCCUUCAAAAUCAUCUGGGCCACUCUGAUGCCACCUGCCAACCCUUCUAUCUGA